GACAAAAGCGACGACGAAGAAAAAGCGCACGUGAUUGGAGGAAGCAUUGGAUCAACAAAGAUGGCUGAAGUGAUUGAGCUCCAGAAACUCAAGCUCGCAGAGCUGAGGCAAGAGUGUGAAGCCCGAGGACUGGAGACUAAAGGAAACAAGGGCGAUCUGAUCGCACGUCUGCAGGCCUACCUGGAUGAACACGACGAAGACGUGGACGUUGAUGACGUUCUUGCCGACGACACCGUGGACUUUGCCAAAGGCGAGGUCGUAGACAACGGGAAAGAUGUCAAGGAAUCACAAUCUCCCGUCGUCGAGCUGCCACCUGAAAAGAAGAUUAUCAAAAUCUGCCCGCCAACAACUGCUAGUGAACGACUACAGAAACGUGCCGAACGUUUCAAACUGCCUGCGUCAGCGGAAGAUAAGAAGACCCAACGCGCGGCAAGGUUUGGGUUACCUCUCAAUGUUUCCAGUCCAUCCACAGGCACCGCCGUGGCCAGCCACGCACCGGUCAGCGUGGAUCAGCUGAAGAAGCGGGCGGAGAGAUUCGGCAUGAAUGUGUCGUCGCUUUCGCAAAAGAUGGAAGCGGAUGAGAAGCUGAUGAAGAGGAAGGAAAGGUUUGGCAUCCUGACUGGCAGUGCAGCGACUGGUUCGGCCGAUAGCGAGGCCAAAAAAAUGAAGCGUGCUGCAAGAUUUGGUAUCGUGUAAAAUGUAUUUGUUUUUUUACUUUUUUUUGUUUGUUUUUUUAAAUAAUUUUCAGUCACCAAGAUUCAACGUGAUGGAAACAGUAACACACUGCUACCUUUUUUUCAAAUACAUUAAAACUGUAGAGUUUCCUGGCAAAAAAAAAAAUUGAGUGAUUCGGGACCUCAUGGAGGCAAAUCGAUUUUUGUGUUAAUGUUUCGGGACCUCUGAUCAUUUGCAAGACUUUCAUUUAUAAAUCAUUUGUUGUAUAAAUCAACGAUACAAAAUGUGUGUUCCAGUUACUAUUGCUAAAGUUAUUAAAGACAAGAAACGACUGUGGUGCCAAGAUUUAUGUGCCUGGAUUUUGUUUAGGGCUGUAGCUGUUUACUAUUUUAGUAAUCGAGUAACCGACUCUUUGGAUUUAAAAAAUCUUUUUUUCUCUCUCCAAAAUUCAAAAUCAAUAUAUCUACGUUUGCAAGCUAAAACCUAAAUACAUUUCGAUUCAAAUUCCUUCUCAUUUAGAAAGCAAGUUUUUACACAGGCCAAAAUGUAUGUUUUUGUCUUUUUUUUUUUUGCAUAGUUCACAGCCUGCAUCAUUAUCAGACCACUAAACCAAGACUGGCCCAAUGUGCAUAUCUAAGAAUUUUUCAUUCAAAUUUGGAUGAAUAUAUCUUAUAUUGUUCAAGAUUAAACCUGCUUUCAUACACCUUGA